UUUUUCUUUCUUUCUUUUCUUUUUUCUUUAUCUCCCCCCCUCACACCCCUUCUCCACUUCUUCACCUGCUUGUUCUUUUUCUCGGUCCUCGUUCCCCUACUCGGUCCCCGCUUCCUUCAUAAGGGUGUACUGUUCUCUCUGAACCCCUCGCCCGGCGUAAGUGUCAGGAGGCGACGGACGCGGAGAUCGCCUCGGGAGCAGGCGAUGCGCGCCGCUGCUCCGCGCGCUGCCCCGGGGAGGCUGGCGCGAGCAGGCGAGCCGGCUGGGGCUGAAUGGAGGGAAGGGGCGCCGCGAUUCCAUGGGGUCUUCUUCUCCUUUGAAAGGAGGUUGGGCCGGCGAAGUGGCCUCCCCAGUACCCACACACAAUGCUAAAUGGAUUUACCUAAUGGAUUCGCGGUGGAUGGCUGUCAUGUAGAAGUGAGGACCCUCCGGGAGGAGCUUUAAACAAUUUCCCCGCUCCCCAUCCCCCGACACGCACUCUCGUCCGAAACUCUUUGGGAGUACCUCUCGAGAAUCUGGAGCCCCGGAAAUCUGGGCGCAGCAGUCAGCUCCGCGUUUGCUGUUCCCCGGGACUGCCUUGUCGGACAAGCCCCCCGACAGCUGCAUUCGCCUCGGCUAUGUUUCGGAUUGUUUGGGGUGCCAGGCACGGCGGACUCCAGGACCCCGAGAAGACUUUCAGAAGGAGGGAGAGGAUGGGUGCCCUGGCGCGGUGAGGCGGUCGGCCCCGCAGCCCAGCCCGCGCCGCCCGCUCCCUCGCGUCCUCUCCCCUCCCCGAGCCCCAAACUUUGCCUCCCGCGGCGGCAGCCCCUCGGCGGGCGCCCCGUCAUGUACCAGAGGAUGCUCCGCUGCGGCGCCGAGCUGGGCUCGCCCGGGGGCGGCGGCGGUGGCGGCGGCGCAGGGGGGCGCCUGGCCCUGUUCUGGAUAGUCCCGCUCACCCUCAGCGGCCUCCUAGGAGUGGCGUGGGGGGCGUCCAGUUUGGGAACGCACCACAUCCACCAUUUCCAUGGCAGCAGCAAGCAUCAUUCAGUGCCUAUUGCAAUCUACAGGUCACCGGCAUCCUUGAAAGGUGGACACGCUGGGACAACAUAUAUCUUUAGCAAAGGUGGUGGACAAAUCACAUAUAAGUGGCCUCCUAAUGACCGACCAAGUACACGAGCAGACAGACUGGCCAUAGGAUUUAGCACUGUUCAAAAAGAAGCAAUAUUAGUGCGAGUGGACAGUUCUUCAGGCCUGGGUGACUACCUAGAGCUGCAUAUACAUCAAGGAAAAAUUGGAGUUAAAUUUAAUGUUGGGACAGAUGACAUCGCCAUCGAAGAAUCCAAUGCAAUCAUUAACGAUGGGAAAUACCAUGUAGUACGUUUCACGAGGAGCGGUGGCAAUGCCACUUUACAGGUGGACAGCUGGCCAGUAAUCGAGCGAUACCCUGCAGGGCGUCAGCUCACAAUCUUCAAUAGUCAAGCAACCAUAAUAAUUGGCGGGAAAGAGCAGGGCCAGCCCUUCCAGGGCCAGCUCUCUGGUCUUUACUACAAUGGCUUGAAAGUUCUGAAUAUGGCAGCCGAAAAUGAUGCCAACAUCGCCAUAGUGGGAAAUGUGAGACUGGUUGGUGAAGUGCCUUCCUCUAUGACAACUGAAUCGACAGCCACUGCCAUGCAGUCAGAAAUGUCCACAUCCAUUAUGGAAACCACCACAACCCUAGCUACUAGCACAGCCAGAAGAGGAAAGCCUCCUACAAAAGAACCCAUUAGCCAGACCACAGAUGACAUCCUUGUGGCCUCAGCAGAGUGUCCCAGUGAUGACGAGGAUAUUGACCCCUGUGAGCCGAGCUCAGGUGGGUUAGCCAACCCCACCCGAGCAGGCGGAAGAGAGCCAUACCCAGGCUCAGCGGAAGUGAUCCGGGAAUCUAGCAGUACCACCGGCAUGGUCGUUGGGAUAGUAGCUGCUGCUGCCCUGUGCAUCCUCAUCCUCCUCUACGCCAUGUACAAGUACAGAAACCGGGAUGAAGGCUCCUACCAUGUGGAUGAGAGUCGAAACUACAUCAGUAACUCAGCACAGUCCAAUGGGGCUGUGGUAAAGGAGAAACAACCCAGCAGUGCGAAAAGCGCCAACAAAAACAAGAAAAACAAGGACAAAGAGUAUUACGUCUGAUCCCGCGAUCUUAAAAGGACACUUGUAUAGAAAUAGUCUUCAUUUUAUCUGAGACAUAAUAUAAACUUAUUUACUUUCCUUUUUACGAAGCACAUACAAAAAGAAGACAGGGAAUGCAAUCAGGAAGGAAAGACUGUUUUUAAAAAAUAAAAACAAGUAUCUCAUGCUCUUGUUUCUCAAAAAAAAAUAAGAAAAAAAAAUAAACAAAACAGGGGCCAAUAAAUUCCCUAACAUUCACAGUGUUUUCAUUUACUCUGCCUGUCUUUAUGUUGCUGGAACAUUCCUAAAGACAGUGAUGACUGCACGCAUUCAUAAAGCAAAGGAGUAUUACAACAUCAAGGCACAACACAAAAACAACACAAAACAUAACACAAAAAAAGAAGCUACCUAUGAUCCUGGAUUUAGCCAAAGUGCUAGUGCUUUCCUGAGAAGUCAGUUAGCCCGAUUGCCAGAGAAGACUCUGUCAUUUUGAGUGACUCAACCUGCAAACCUUUCAGAGUUUGCCACCUGGCGCAACUGGAGCAGUGGUUGGACCUUGCAUUGUAAACAAAGUGCUGGCUUUUUUGAAGACUUGUGUAGGAACACAUUCAAAAAGCCCCUUUCUGGUUGUAAGGGAUUUAAAAAAAAAAUUUUAAAAGUAGUAUGGAGGCCUUAUUUUCAGAAAUGUGAAAUAUAAGGCACAUUUUCACACAAAUUUAAAAAAAACAAGAGGGCAUAGAUGCAAUCACUGGGAAAUUUUCAUGCACGCUUAAUAUGUUACUACAUAUGUUUAUAUAAAAUCCAUCUCUGUGUGCUUUCUGGACUGUGAUAAGUGAUGUUUUAUAGCCUGUUGUAUAGAAAAAUGCAAAAUAUAUCUCUACUCUUCAGCCAUUUUUGGUAAAUUCGAUGUUACAAGUGUUGCUAAAUAUAGAAAGUUUUAUGACAUCUGGAGCAACAAUUAUAUCAGUUUUGGGUUAUUUUUGUUGUUGUUCUUUUUAACCACCAUUAUAAAUUGCCACAAUAAUUUACUUUACAAAAUACAGUGUAGUGUUUAUUCUAAGGAAGAUAUGUAUGAAUGUAUAUAAAAUGCUCAACUACAUCUUUUUCUUACAUGUACAGCCUUCAUUCUGUUGCAAUUAAGUUUUAGUAUUUGUAUGAAAGGUGUGAAUUAGAAGGCAAAAUAUAUGCAUAUAUAUCUUAUAAUAUUCUUUUCUCCCCAAAAUACUCAUACCCCCCGCAUUCACCAUUUGCAAUCACGUAUAUGCACACACACACACAUACACACACAUCCUGAUAUUGCUAACCACUGGAAUUUAUCAAAUAUGAUGGGAGAACCAAACAUGCGUAUAAUAGCAGAUAUUUACUGAAAAAUUGAAAAGCAGGAAGAAAGAUAGUUGUGCCAAGGUAUUGAUGACAAAUGGGGUGAUUUGCUUCGUUGAGAUCUUGUUCCCAGGAAGCCCUGAAAAGAUUUUUGUCCCUAAUGAAAUGGAAACUUUUCUUAUCAAAUAAAAUACCACUGGUUAUACUGCUGCAUGAAUAUGAAUCAUUAUGUGGGCAGGUUAUGGAAACAAAAUUGGUUGAUCUAUGAGUACAUCUUAACCCUGGCUGCCGCAAUUAACAACUUUUGUUUCCAGUGAAAUAAUAUAGACAUUUUUAAAGCUGAUGUGCAUGAUAAACAUUUUUGGAAAGUUAACACUUUCUCAAAUAACAAAGUAUUUUCAACAAUUUUUGAUUCUGUAUUACUUACCCAUCUUACAAGAUCAUUUUCUAUCUGUUAAUUAUUGGUCAUAUUUAAACUUUUCUGCUUUUACAUAUGUAUCAUUUAAUGUAGUUUUAAUUUAACACCCAUUAAAUAGCAGAACAGUUUGGAAUAUACACUUGUUUUUGCAUAUUGUUUCAAUGAUGUUCAUAGCAAUAAAUUGUUAGCUUAAUAAGGUAAUGCAAAGAAAAUACAUUGCUAGAUUGUGAGGUGAUGCUUUGGUAAAAAUUGUUUGCAUUACUUGAACAUCCCUGAAAGAACAGUCUUAAACAAUCUUGUAUUUCAUAGAAUGGAAGAAUACAUUUAAAAUUAGCUUUAAUCAGCAAAGGCAAAAAAUGCAAAACAUCUUUUGUGAUACUUCAGUGAUUUAAGAAAACCACAACUGAGAAUUGGCCUGGAUUUCCAGACAUACAGUGCAGUAGGAGUAUGUGCAAUCCAUAGCAAAUCACUACUGUCUGUGAUCACCAAGUAAUUGAUGUAUCAAGAGUCUUAAAAGACUUUUCAUGACCCAGAGAGUAGAAGUUAUGAAAUUUAAUAUUCAUUACUUACGUUUCUUUAAGCUUGUCUUUGUUUUAAUUUGCCAGGUUAAAGAAUUCCCCAUCGUAUUAUUUUAUUUCUCCUCUCAUUCAAUAUUACUCAGGGAAAGCCAGUGAAAAAAGAGGUAAAUAUAAACUUACUAGUUGCAGCUUGAGAUUUUUGAAAAAAUUGGUUGCUUUUCCAUUUGAUAUACUGAACCUGAACUCAUUUCCAUCUGAAAAACUUCUAAAAGACA